AAAACAAACAAACGAGGAUGCCAAGGAAAUUCGUGUCGGCAAGGGACAGAGGUCAGGUCUGAAACAUUGCAGUUUGUGUAUUUAAGCUGCCCUGCUGAAGACACUGUCCAGGCUGAUGCCUUGUGGGUUUGAAACCAGACGCAUCGCAAUGGCUCAGAAUGACCUCAGUGCUGAGGUCAGUGUCGUACGAACCGUGGAACUGCUGACAGAGAAAGGUCAGAGAUGCUCUGGUAUCAUUGCAGCACCCAGGACAGAUUACAGUGUGUUGUGAAAGGAAAUCUCUUUACACCAGGAGUCUCCAAAACCAGUCCCAGAGGUCCGAUAUCUCUGGGGACUGCAGGAUCACUGGGAGUGUUUUCUUCCGGUCCAACUCGGCUCUCAACAAGCUAAACUGGCUUGACUGGACCAGUGCAACAAAUUCUCUCAGCUCUUCAGCCGAGGGACAGAAAAUCGGGAGCGCGAAGCAUGAAGUCCCCCGGCAGCUUAAGAGAUAUAAAUGAGGCAGCCGCACCAGCCAAGGACGCACCAGUGCCAGCUGGACAUACAACACCGACCUGAAUGAACAUAACCAGAUAGCACAGGUUAACGCCUCAAUGGAGGAGCAGGCCUUUGUGGAGGCCUGGGGAAAGAAAGCCAAGGACCUCUUCCCCACCUGGGUGACGGACACCUUUAACGACAUUCAGCUCAGGACCCUCAUAAAGAAGAUCAGUGUCCUGGGAGCAGCUAACCUCAACACCACGGAGCGAAAGAACUACAACACCAUCUUGAGUGACAUGGACAGUAUUUAUUCUACUGCUAAUGUGUGUCCACCUGGAGAGAAUAUUAAGUGCUGGUCCCUUGAGCCCGACAUCGUAGACCUGAUGGCCACCUCUCGGAACUACAAGAAGCUCCUAUAUGCAUGGGAAGGCUGGCACAAUGCUUCGGGCAUCCCGCUGCGGAAAAAGUAUCCAGAAUUUGUGGAGCUCAGCAACAAAGCUUCGCAAAUGGAUGGCUUUGUUGACACCGGUGAUUACUGGCGCUCCUGGUAUGAAUCCCCCACCUUUCAAGAAGACCUGGAGACAAUUUAUCAGCAGCUACAGCCUCUGUACCUCCAUUUGCACGCCUUUGUUCGCCGCAAACUCUACCAGCGCUAUGGCCCCAAGUACAUCAACCUCAAAGGACCCAUUCCUGCACACUUACUUGGAAACAUGUGGGCUCAACAGUGGAACAACAUCUAUGAUAUGAUGGUACCCUUUCCUCACAAGCCCAACCUUGACGUGACACAAACUAUGGUGAAUCUGAAGUGGAAUGCGACCCACAUGUUCCGAGUCUCCGAAGAGUUCUUCACUUCCCUAGGCCUGAUUGCCAUGCCACAGGAGUUCUGGGACCAUUCCAUGCUGGAGAAACCCACUGAUGGCCGGCAGGUUGUGUGUCAUGCCUCUGCUUGGGACUUCUACAACCGGAAAGACUUCAGGAUUAAGCAGUGCACCACAGUGACCAUGGAGCAGCUGUUCACUGUGCACCACGAAAUGGGCCAUGUGGAGUACUACCUGCAGUACAAGGACCAGCCUGUCGGCUUCCGCAGUGGGGCCAACCCCGGCUUCCAUGAGGCAGUGGGGGACGUCCUGUCUCUGUCUGUCUCCACACCCAAACACCUCAAAGAGAUCGGCCUACUGAAAUCCUUUGUCCCGGACAAUGAAAGUGACAUUAACUACCUGCUGAAAAUGGCCCUGGAGAAGAUUGCCUUCCUGCCCUUCGGAUACCUCAUCGACCAGUGGAGGUGGGGGGUGUUUAGCGGACGCACCCCACCUGAGCGCUACAAUGCAGACUGGUGGUACCUGAGAACGAAAUACCAGGGGAUCUGCCCACCAAUCGAACGCAGUGAGGAGCACUUUGAUGCUGGGGCCAAAUUCCACAUUCCAGGAAAUACUCCAUAUAUUAGGUAUUUUGUCAGCUUCAUCCUUCAGUUCCAGUUCCAUGAGAAACUGUGCGAAGCAGCCAAACAUGUGGGACCAUUGCACCAGUGUGACAUCUAUCGUUCCAAGGAAGCAGGAGCUAUCCUACAAAAGGUCCUCAGCGCUGGCUCCUCGAAGCCCUGGCAGGAUAUCCUGCAAGAAGCCUUGGGAACAAACCGAAUGGAUGCUGGACCUCUGAUGGCAUACUUCAGUCCCAUCAUCAACUGGCUGAAGGAGCAGAAUGCCAAUGAGACCCUAGGGUGGCCAGAUUUUGAGUGGCGCCCCCCUGUGCCAGAGGGAUAUCCUGAAGACAUAGACAAAAUUGCAGAUGAGGAAAAAGCCAUCGAGUUCUUGGACCAGUACAACUCCACAGCUGAGGUGGUGUGGAAUGCUUACACUGAGGCCUCCUGGGUAUACAACACUAACAUCACUGAAGAAAACAAGCAGACCAUGUUGCAAAAGAACUUGGAGAUGUCAAACCACACCCUGACAUAUGGACUGGAGGCACGGAAGUUUGAUUACACUGAUUUCCAGGAUGAAUCGGUGAAGCGCAUUCUGAAGAAACUGAGUGAGAUUGAGCGUGCGGGACUUCCACAGAAUGAGCUCAAAGAUUACAAUGAGCUACUCUCUAGAAUGGAGACCACUUACAGCGUUGCUACGGUGUGCCAAGAGGGUCGGCGAUGCCUCCCCCUGGACCCUGAUCUCACUGAGAUUAUGGCCAAGUCCCGAGACUACAAGGAACUCCUUUUCGCCUGGCAGGGAUGGCGUGAUGCCUCUGGGAAAAAGAUUCGCCAGGAUUACAAGACCUACGUGGAGCUCAGCAACAAAGCAGCCAGACUGAAUGGUCACCCCGACAAUGGGGCCUACUGGCGCUCGCUCUACGAGACGCCCACCUUCGAACAGGACCUGGAGAGGCUGUACCAGGAGAUGCAGCCCCUCUACCUCAACUUGCACGCCUAUGUGCGCAAAGCCCUGUACAAGAAGUACGGAUCUGAAUACGUCAACCUGAAGGGACCCAUCCCUGCCCACCUGCUGGGUAACAUGUGGGCCCAGUCCUGGUCUAAUAUAUAUGAUCUAGUGACUCCUUUUCCGGAUGCUGGGCAAGUUGAUGCCACCCCAGCAAUGGUAGCCAAGGGCUGGGAUGCACGGAAGAUGUUUGAACAGUCAGACCACUUCUUCCAGUCCCUUGGAUUGAUUCCCAUGCCCCCGGAGUUCUGGAGCAAGUCCAUGCUGGAGAAGCCCUCCGAUGGGCGGUCGGUGGUAUGCCACGCCUCGGCCUGGGACUUCUACAACCGCAAGGACUUCAGGAUCAAGCAGUGCACAGUGGUGACGAUGGAUGACCUGAUCACUGUACAUCAUGAGAUGGGCCAUGUGCAGUACUUCCUGCAGUACAAGGACCAGCCUGUCCCGUUUAGGGAUGGAGCCAACCCUGGCUUCCAUGAGGCCAUCGGGGACGUUCUGGCCCUGUCGGUUUCCACACCCAAGCACCUGCACAGCAUCGGACUGCUGGACAAAGUGGAGAACAACUAUGACAGUGACAUUAACUAUCUGAUGAGCAUUGCUUUGGACAAAAUUGCCUUCCUGCCCUUCGGCUACCUGAUGGACCAGUGGCGCUGGAAGGUUUUCGAUGGGCGGAUCUCGGAACAGGAGUACAACAAGGAGUGGUGGAACCUCAGGCUGAAGUAUCAAGGACUGUGCCCGCCUGUGCCUCGCUCAGAGGAAGACUUUGACCCUGGUGCCAAGUUUCAUAUUCCUGCCAAUGUCCCUUAUGUCAGGUACUUUGUCAGCUUCGUGAUCCAGUUCCAGUUCCAUGAGGCUCUCUGCAAGGCAGCAAAACACACUGGCCCACUCCACAUGUGUGACAUCUACAACUCCAGGGAGGCUGGCAAGUUACUGGGGGAUGUCAUGCAGCUGGGGUUCAGUAAACCGUGGCCAGAGGCCAUGACGUUGAUCACUGGGCAGCCCAACAUGUCGGCCCAGGCUCUGCUGAAAUACUUCGAGCCCCUGAUUACCUGGCUAGAGAAGGAGAACAAGAAAAAUGGAGACAUUUUGGGAUGGCCCGAGUACGACUGGGUCCCAGUUUCAGGACCGGAGAAAGGGCCAGAGAAAGUGACCGGAUCUGCGGAGGUGAGCUUCCUGGGCAUGAACCUGACCAGCGAUCAGGCAGCGGCCGGCCAGUGGAUUCUGCUGGUCCUGGGGCUGGGACUACUCAUUGCCACCAUCUGCCUGGCCUACAAAUCCAAGUCCAAAAAGAGACAGAAAUCCAACUCGGAGCUGGAGCUGAAAUAGACCCCCUCUUCCCUCCCUGGCAGUAAUUCCCGUUUCCCUUUUCUGUCCUUCUCCCCCCCCCGGUUUUUACAAAAUCGGGUCAGACGUGUUUGACUAUGCAAAUGAGCCAACACAAUUUUUUUAAUUUAUUUGUAAAAUUUGGAAAGUUUAAAAAGAGAGGUUUAAAUCACUUUUGUUUGUAAAGUUUGAGAAUUCUGUAUGCAGCUUUUUUAAUUUAAUUAUGAUGGAGAAAAAAGAACAGCAGCUGUUUUGCAUUUCUAGAAUAAAAUAACU